AUGAUGACUCAGCACCCAAGCAGAGCAGAGACGGCCUCCUCAUCCAUCCAUCAGACCCAUCACAGGCCUCUCCGAUCCAGCCAUGGGGCUGCUGGCAGGACCACCAUCCUCUACAAGCUCAAGACCCUCCACCUGUCCACCAUGGUCGACCGUAGCGACAGGGACCGUGUUCGUCUGGCCACGGAUGAGCUCGCUGCGCUGCUCGGGCUUGCUAAGAAGCAGGACCUUCCCAACGCCAUGCGUAGAGCAGAGAUGUCAGAGGAGCUGGGCCUUCAUCAGUCAUUCAGUCUGGCCCUCUGA